UAUGGAAUAACAUGAAUAGCAAAUUUAAGAGCUCCAAUCCUAAUUAAUAGAAGGAAUUCAAAUUAAGUAUAAAUAAUUAAAGGAUGACAAUAUCAAUACAAUUAUGGAGUCUUAUCGUUUGAAGAAGGAAGUUGUGCGCUUAAUUAAAUCUAAAUCAUAAAUGUUAGAAGAAGUAAAUAUACUCAAAGAAAGAAUUACAGAACUUGAAUCAAUAUUAUAAUCCUUCAAACUUGAUUAAAAAUGA